GGAGGGAGGGGAGAGCGGGUCACGACGCUGUUGGGGCGGGGAUAACCCCUCACGUGGAGCAGAUGAAAGGGCCGCGGCGCGACGGCCGGGGGAGCCAAGCCGAGCCUGCGACCCACAAAGCCGCCGCCGCCGCCGCCGCCGCCGCGAUGGGGCUGUGAGGCGUCCGCCUGCACUCGGUCCUCCGCCGGCCCGCGACUAUGCCCGGCCGCGCCCGCCCUCCGCGCCCUCCCGCCGCAGGACCAUGAGGCCGCGCUCGGGCGGGCGCCCAGGGGCCCCGGGCCGCCGCCGCCGCCGCCUCCGCCGCCGCCCCCGCGGCCCCCGCGGCCCCCGCCUGCCGCCGCCGCCGCCGCUGCCGCUGCUGCUCGGGCUGCUGCUGGCGGCCACGGGGCCCGGCGCGGCGCGGGCCAAGGAGACGGCGUUCGUGGAGGUGGUGCUGUUCGAGUCGAGCCCGAGCGGCGACUACACCACUUACACCACCGGCCUCACGGGCCGCUUCUCGCGGGCCGGGGCCACGCUCAGCGCGGAGGGCGAGAUCGUGCAGAUGCACCCACUGGGCCUAUGUAAUAACAAUGACGAAGAGGACUUGUAUGAAUAUGGCUGGGUGGGAGUGGUGAAGCUGGAACAGCCAGAAUUGGACCCGAAACCAUGCCUCACUGUCCUGGGCAAGGCCAAGCGAGCAGUGCAGCGGGGAGCCACCGCCGUCAUCUUCGAUGUGUCUGAAAACCCAGAAGCCAUCGACCAGCUAAACCAGGGCCAGGAAGACCCGCUCAAGAGGCCCGUGGUGUACGUGAAGGGCGCCGAUGCCAUCAAGCUGAUGAACAUCGUCAACAAGCAGAAAGUGGCUCGAGCCAGGAUUCAGCACCGGCCCCCUCGACAACCCACGGAGUACUUCGACAUGGGGAUUUUCCUGGCUUUCUUUGUCGUGGUCUCCUUGGUCUGCCUCAUCCUCCUUGUCAAAAUCAAGCUGAAACAGAGACGCAGUCAGAAUUCCAUGAACAGGCUGGCUGUGCAGGCGCUGGAGAAGAUGGAGACCAGGAAGUUCAACUCCAAGAACAAGGGGCGCCGGGAGGGGAGCUGUGGAGCCCUGGACACGCUUAGCAGCAGCUCCACGUCCGACUGUGCCAUCUGCCUUGAGAAGUACAUCGACGGAGAGGAGCUGCGCGUUAUCCCCUGUACUCACCGCUUUCACAGGAAGUGCGUGGACCCGUGGCUGCUGCAGCACCACACCUGCCCCCAUUGUCGGCACAACAUCAUAGAGCAAAAGGGGAACCCGGGCGCUGUUUGCGUGGAGACCGGCAACCUCGCACGCAGCCGGCAGCAGAGGGUCAUCUUGCCGGUGCACUACCCCGGCCGCGUGCACAGGACCAACGCCAUCCCAGCCUACCCCACGAGGACGAGCAUGGACUCCCACGGGAACCCCGUCACCCUGCUGACCAUGGACCGGCACGGGGAGCAGAGCCUCUAUGCACCACAGGCCCCCGCCUACAUCCGAGGCUACCCGCCCCUCCACCAGGACCACACCCUGGCCCCUCACCGCUGCGGCCUGGAGCACCGAGCCUACUCCCCGGUCCACCCCUUCCGCAGGCCCAAGUUCAGUGGCCGCAGCUUCUCCAAGGCAGCUUGCUUCUCCCAGUAUGAGACCAUGUACCAGCACUACUUCUUCCAGGGCCUCAGCUACCCCGAGCAGGAGGGCCAGGCCCCCCCCAGCCUCGUUCCCAGGGGCCCGGCCCGUGCCUUCCCCCCGAAUGGCGGCAGCAGCCUGCUCUUCCCCACCGUGGUGCACAUGGCCCCGCCCUCCCACCUGGAGAGCGGCAGCACGUCCAGCUUCAGCUGCUACCACGGCCACCGCUCCGUGUGCAGUGGCUACCUGGCCGACUGCCCCGGCAGCGACAGCAGCAGCAGCAGCAGCUCCGGCCAGUGCCACUGCUCCUCCAGCGACUCGGUGGUGGACUGCACUGAGGUCAGCAAUCAGGGCGUGUACGGGAGCUGCUCCACCUUCCGCAGCUCUCUCAGCAGCGACUACGACCCCUUCAUCUAUCGCAGCCGGAGCCCCUGUCGCGCCAGCGACGUGGGGGGCUCGGGCGGCUCGGGCCGGGGGCCGGUCGUGCACCUCGAGGGCUCCCCGCCACCCGAGGAGCUCCCAGCAGCCCACAGUCAAGGUGCUGGGCCGGGAGAGCCUUGGCCGGGCCCUGCCUCUCCCUCGGGGGACCAGCUGUCCACCUGCAGCCUGGAGAUGAACUACAGCAGCAACUCCUCCCUGGAGCACAGGGGGCCCAACAGCUCUACCUCAGAAGUGGGGCUCGAGGCUUCUGGGGCCGCCCCAGACCUCAGGAGGACCUGGAAGGGGAGCCGCGAGGGGCCAUCGUGCGCCUGCUGCUGCGAGCCCCAGCCCUCUGCACUGGAGCCCAGCGGGGGAGUGGCUGGGGGCAGCACCUUAUUCCUGGGCGCCCCCCUCUGUGAGGGCUGUGGCCCCACAGGUGUGGAGUCCCAGCCGGGAGGCUCCCAGGGCCUGUGUGGCCUUCACCCAGACCAUUUGCCCAGGACAGAUGGGGUGAAAUAUGAGGGCCUGCCCUGCUGCUUCUAUGAAGAGAAGCAGGUGGCCCACGGCGGCGGAGGGGGCAGCGGCUGCUACACUGAGGACUGCUCGGUGAGCGUGCAGUACACGCUUGCCCAAGAGCCCCCGCCCAGCUGCCACCCGGGGGCCCGGGACUUGAGCCAGCGCAUCCCCAUCAUUCCAGAGGAUGUGGACUGUGACUUGGGCCUGCCCUCGGACUGCCAAGGGACCCGUGGCCUCAGCCCCUGGGGUGGGACGCUGGGCCCCAACACCCUGCAGCCCCACAGGAGCCUGGGAGCAGCCCAGGAAGAAGAGCGGGUUCUGUGCUGCCAGCCCAGGGCACCGCUGCCACCUGUCCGCCCUCCGGAGGAGGCAGGGGCCGCCAGGGCCAGCUUCCCCAGUGCCUCCCAGGACACUCAGGAGUCCAGCGCCACGACCGCUGAGGCUGCAGGACAGAGGUCUCGCCCAGCAGACAGCGGCGGCACGGGAGCCUGAGCCCGGAAGGAACUCUGUGGAAAUGGGAACUGUACGGAGACUCCAAACUCUGACUUCUUCAGAAAAAAAAAAUAAUUUUUUUUUUUUUUUUUUUAGCUCUGACAAACACACAAAAGUGGUAAUAAAGAGAGCCCUCCUUCUCAGCCCAAACUGUGAGCCCCUUGUGGCAAGCCCCCCGCCCUCCCAUUAACAAACCGACAGACGAAAUUCUCCGAGUCUUUGCCUCUUUUGAUAACAUGUUCUUCUGUUUUGUAAAGUGUGUGUGCUUGGGGUUCCGAGGUGUGUGGGAUUGAGUUCUCGGCUUUGUUUUUUUAAGAUAUUUUAUGUAAAUGUAAAAAGUUAUUUAAAUAUAUAUAUUUUAAAGAACCCUAACCGCCAACUUUUGCUGAAAGAAAAAAAAAAAAAAAAGUCACUGCUGCGUUAAUUGAACCACAUCAUGUGUAGAUACUGUUGUCUCCUUGGAGGGAGCUCAGGCCUUUGAAAAGCUCAGGGCUACACCUGCCUUAGAAAAUGAACCAGAAACUUGAAGUAAAGCUCGUCGAUAUGGGUACAGACUCUGAGGAACAAUGCAAUGCUGCCUCCUUUCUCGUGGCAAACCCCAAUGUAGAUCGUCAGGUCUCCGAAGCCAUGCCCCUCCAGCCCACCUUAGGCCGCUGCUGGGAACCGCUGGCAAGGGGGCAGGAGGUCCGCAGCACCGGGGAGCGGGCCCAGGCCGUUGCCGCAGAAGCCCCGGGUGCGAUGGGGGUGAUUCCGCCCAGUGCCCUCAGCCUGUCCCCUGGAAUCGUCCCGAGGGAAAGGGCCGAGUUCACAGUCAUGAUCUCGGGCCCCCUGCUACCCAGGGGCUGCAGAAGUGGAUCGAGGGGGUGUGCGGGGACCAGCACCCAGGAGGAAUGUAGUUUGCGGCUUUGGUGUCUGAAGGGGCUGGGGACCCAGGAUGCGAUGGAGCUGCUGUGUCCUUGGGCUGCCUUCCUGGGGGGGGGGGGGGGGGGAAGGGCGUGUGGCCAGGACCCCAUCCGGGCUACGCUAAGCUCUGAAUGAUACGGUUCCCAUCCAUCUCCCUACGGAAGCGCCGCUUCAGGGUUAUUCAGCCCUCUGCUCGUGGCUGAAGUUGCUCAUCUCGCCUGCAAAAUGUCUACUAUCCUUUCUACCUAAUGCACUAUUACGUAUUGGUUCUCCAUGAGACAGAGAGACUAUCAGAUAGUUUAGACCCAAAGGGUAGGUUUUUGUAUAUUUUUUCCAGCCUUUUCGUUGUUGUUUUUUAAAAGAGGGAGGGAGAGCUGAAAAACCCAUUUUUUUAAAAGAUGUUUCCAUUUUAAAGGGGAGAAUCUAUUUAAAGCUAUUUCAGAUCAGGGAUUGACUGUCAUCCUUUUUUGUCCAAUGUAUUUCUUGUUCUUAAAAAAAAACAAAACUAUUUUUAGAAGAAACUCAUCACAUUAGCUCCGAGUUCACUAACUCUUCUGGUCACUUGUUUACUCAGUCGGCAGAUAGUUGGUGCCACCUGAAAAGCUCCUUUGUGAAAUAGAUACCCUGGGAGCUGGCCCCUGUAGGUGGGGAACUAGAGGCCAUCCUGGUUGCCAGGAGACUGUGUUGACUCCUCUCCAGUUAGGCUCUACGGUCAGCAGCCUGGGGUCCAGACCCGAACAUUUUGAAUGAGAAACUCACUGUAUCAGAAUCUCUUUUUCUUAAAAUCCUCAGCCUGUGGUGAGGAAACGUACUUAACUCCAAGCCCGGAUUCGACAAGCCAGGAAAUGCCAGGGUCAAAUGAUGGAGCCAUUUGCCAUUUAGGAACUCACCCGUUUGCCAUUUGGUGAGAUUUGUCCUCCAGCCUCGAAGGGGCAGUCCCUUGCGGGGGCUGCUCCCCGCGGGCCUGUGCCCAGCACACCUGUUGGCGAGGGUGUGAGAAGCGCCAGAGCUGCUGACAUGUGAUCUGGGCCGCCUUUAUUUCUCGGGCCAGGACCAGCAGCUGCUGAGGACAACAGCUUGCAUUACGUGGAUUUGGGGAGAGGGGGGUGGGGUGAGGGGAUGGCUUUUAACAUGAACUGCAAAAAGCAGCUCCUCAUGGUUGAGAUUUUUUGUUGUUGUUGUUUGUGGUUUUAUUUGUUUUUAAUGCCUUGGAGUGCGUAUUAUCUUCCUUGUCUGAAAUCAUACCCCCAGAGUGGCUAAAGCCCCAGCUGGAAAAAAAAAAACCACUCCUCAGAGCCUUAAGCAAUGAAUAGACGAGUGAAGAAUGUGGCUUCCAUGGGGCUUAUUCAAAUAAAUGUGUCCAAUUCUUCACUUGAAAGAACAAUAACUACAGAUGGCGAAAGAAGCACAUUUCAUGUUGGUAGUUUGCAGGGUGGUAGAGACAGAAAAAUGAAAUUUUGAAACUUUCCAAUAUCAGCCACUGUCUUAAAUUCGUGUUGGCCUAUCCGACGGGCAGGGCACCAGAAUCAAGGAACCAACUAGAGUAUUGCCUCACCAUUGAAAUCAAAACAUCUUCUGUGAAGUUGUAAGACUCCGCUACUGAUAAAGCUCCGUGUUCAGUGAUCCCUCCGUGGUGUGUGGGGCUGACGGAGCCGUGGAAACUGGGGGCAUCACAUUUUCCAUUGAGCACAGCGGCCCCCACCCCCCACCCCUGCCAGGGUGUGACCUUUGGGUGUGGUUCCAUGGCCCAACCCUUGUGUGACAGCAGAUGUAAAACUGAAGAGGGCUAGAACCAGUUCACAUGGGGUGUCGGGGGGGGGGGGGGGGGGAGGGUUGGGAGUUCUCAUCAGCAAGGUACCUCUUUGCAGACACAGCCCCAGUAGGCAAGUUCAACUCAGCCUCUUCCCCUCGCCUUUGAACCCAAGCCAUUUGUUCAAGCCCCACCUGCUGUCCCACAGCUCAGACCCUCCCUUUUAUGCUGCUAGUUUCUACUCAAAAGUUCAUGCAGGACUAAUGCUUUUAAAAUGAGGUCUAAAAGGUCAUGACUAAUCAAGAGUACUAUUUUUUAAACAGAACUGCCUUUUUCUAUUCUUUAUGUAAACUCUAUUGUGUUGGGUCUAACAAGGCACUAUUUUAAAAUGUGUUUUUUUUUAAAAAAAAAAAAAAUUUUCUCCCAUAGCACUUAAAAGAUAUUUUGUAAAGACUUUGCUGUAAAGAUUUUGUAAUAAAACGGUCUAAGGGCUCCUUCUCCAACAUUACCAUUUUUUAAAAAUGUUUUUAAAAGGCUAGAAAACGACUUAUGUAUAUUCUGUAUAUGUAUAGCAGCACAUUUCAUUUAUGGAAAUAUGUUCUCAGAAUAUUUAUUUACUAAUAUAUUUAUCUUAAGCCAUGUCUUAUGUUGAGAGUGUGACGUUGUUGGAAUAAUCAUUGAAAAUGACUAACAUGAGGCCCUGUAAAUACAUGAUAAUUGCACACAGAUUUUACAUAUUUGCCGACCAAAAAUGAUUUAAAACAAGUUGUAGUCUUCUAUGGUUUUGUAACAAAUUGUACAAAUGACUGUAAAAAAAAAAAAUACAAUUUUAUCAAGUACA